UCUUCCAUAAAAACACUCAGUAUCUACAUUUAAAAAAAGGUUAAAAAAGUGAACGGAAGAAGUUUGGUUUUGCUUCCUCACAUGUGAAGCCCUUUUCAUGCUACACUUCUUCUAGUUUUUCUCUCAAUAAUACUACCACUUUUCAUCAACUCAGAACUUACACCACAACAUAAAAACAUAACCUCACUCUCUCGUUAGAUUCAACUUUGUCGCUCAUUUUCGAUUCGUUCAACAACGACAACAUCCAUCUCCUCGCACAGAGUUUGCACCACCUUCAUCAAGAGCUUGCAUCACCUAAUCGCAACCUCUUAAUCUCCGUCCAAUAAACAUUUUUGUCGAUCAACUACUUUCAUGUAAGUAGUUCAAGUUGAUUCCUCAACGUGCAUACGCUACCCGCUCCAACACAAGAAGAAUCAUGGAUGUAGUUCGAGAAGAACAAGCUGCCUUCAGAGAGGAGAUGGACUAUGUCAAAAGCAAGAUUGAGCAGAUCUUUGAGGCUAUACAAGCUCUGGCUAGAAGGGAAGAAGAGGCUCGUGUUGCCGCUGCUGCAAGGAACGAUGCUCUAGUUCAAGGGGUUGCUCUUCAGUCAGGACCUUCAGUUCCUAUUCCAAAUCCCAUUAUCUACGGUCUUCCUCCAGGUUUUGUUCCACCGCCUGAAAGAACUCAUGUGCCUCCACCUGCGCAUACUUCUGGAGUAGCUGAUGGAGUCGCUGCGCAAGGACCUCCGAUAGUCAAUCAGGUGGUCAUUCCCUGCACUGAUGAGGAGCUCCAGGACGAGUUUGAAACGCAGAAUUACAAUGGAGCUACUCCAGUGGUCAUCCCUACUGCUGCCCAAGAUUCUGAGGCUAUCUUGAUGGGUCGUGCUCUGGCCGAAAGGCUAAGAAUCUUGGAAGGACAUAACUCAACCCGAUUGAGUGCCUUGGAGAUGUGUCUGGUCCCAGACGUGGUAAUUCCUCCAAAAUUCAAAGCACCGGAAUUUGAAAAAUACAAAGGCCUCACAUGUCCUAACAUACACUUGAAAAUGUAUUGCAGAAAAAUGGCUGCCUAUGCCAGAGAUGAUAAGCUCAUGAUCCAUUGCUUUCAGGACAGUCUAACUGGGGCAUCUUUGGAUUGGUACAUGCAGUUGGAGUGUAGCAACAUCCACACUUGGGAUGAGUUGGCUGAAGCAUUUGCAAAGCAAUACAAAUAUAAUACUGACAUGGCACCAAACCGUACUCAGCUUCAAAGUAUGGCCAGAAACACCAUUGGUUGAUCGUGAAUUGAUUAACAUUUUCAUGGGUACCUUGUAGGGGCAAUAUUAUGAAAGAUUGAUCAGUAGUGUGUCCACAGGAUUUUCUGACAUGGUGAUCAUGGGAGAAAGAGUAGAAGAAGGACUGAAAAGUGGUAAAAUCCAGGGAGGUUCCAGUAGUCAACCAAUCUUGAAGAAGCCUUUCAACGGAUUCAAAAGGAAGGAGGGUGAGACUAGUUCCAUUUCUUCUCAGAGGGGGAGGGCACCAUACAAAGCUCUUGCUUCUGUGCCUUAUUAUCAGUACCCUUACAUAGCGGCUGCUCAAUAUCCAACCAUGCCUUACCGUCCAAUUGCUCCUGUUCCUAUUCCAUCUCCGGUACCUCACUAUCAAGUUCCAGUUCCUUAAUAUCAAGCUCCACAACCUCAGUUCCAGGCUCCGCCACCUCAACAUCAACAGAGAAUUCAACAGAAUAAUCAACCACGUCCAGUUCAGCACCAACGAACAAAUCAACAGAGGCCAUAUCAACAGUACAAUAAUGUGAAUACCACUCCUAUCCCAAUGACUUACACUCAAUUGCUACCGUAUCUGAUUCAGAAUGGGACUGUCGUGCCAAGGGCAUUACCUCCAAUGCCGAAGCCGCAUAAGCCUUGGUAUGAUGAGAAUGCUAGAUGUGCCUUUCAUGCUAAUUCAGAGGGUCAUACAACAGAGAAUUGCAAAGUGUUCAAGCUCCGGGUCCAAGAGUUGAUAGAUCAGAAAAUAUUGUCUUUUGCUGAUGUUCCAAAUGUGGAGAAUAAUCCUUUGCCUAAACAUGAUGGUUCAGGUAUCAAUGAUAUAGAAAGUUCAACUGAUGAUGGAUUGAUAAAGGAUGUGUUCAAGUUGAAGACUCUUUUAACAGUGGUCCAUGCUAGAUUAAUGGAAGCAGAAAUGAUGAAUGGAGUACAUGAUAAUUGUGUGGUGUGUUCAUCCAACCCUGAUCAGUGUGUUGAAUUCAAAAUUUGUCUUCAACGUUUGAUGGAUCAGCGGGUUAUUCAGUUCACCAAAGCAAAGAUUGAUGAGGAUGUUGCUGUGAUUGUGCCUGUGUUUGAUCAGGAGAGGCUUCCCAAGCCUUUUGUGGUCCUUUAUCAAAGAAAUGCUGACCUAGAGCCAGUGAAGAAGAUUGAGCCCAUGGUUAUCCAUGUUCCCGCUCCAUUCUCAUUUCACAGUACCAAAGCCGUGCCUUGGAACUAUGAGCAUGUAGUUUAUGUGGGUAACAAACCAGUUAUCUUGAAAGAGCUAGAUGUGACUAACAUCGCUGGAGCUAGUGGUGUGACUCGAAGUGGAAGGGUUUUCGCUCCUGAAGUGAUCCCAAACAAAGAAAGUGCACCAAAAGUUGAACCAACAAAGGGGAAAGAGGUGAAUCCUCCAGAAGCAGGAGAAGGCUCAUCUAAGAAAGCAGUGACUGCUGAAGAGGAUAGAGAAUUCUUGAAAAUCAUCAAGAAGGGUGACUACAAGGUCGUAGAUCAGCUCAACCAAACUCCUUCAAAAAUCUCCAUUCUUUCUCUACUUAUGAGUUCUGAGGCUCAUACGACUGCUCUAUUGAAGUUCUCGAACGAAGCUUAUGUGGUAGAGGACAUCAGUGUUAUUCAGUUUGAUAAUGUGGUUGCUAAUCUCAAUGCUAGUAGUUGUUUGAUGUUGUCUGAUGAUGAUUUACCCCCUAAUGGGCGAGAACAUAAUAUGGCGCUUCAUAUCUCCAUUCAGUGUACAGAUGUUACGUUGGCUCGAGUACUGGUAGAUACAGGUUCAUCCUUGAACGUGUUACCUAAGACUACCCUGGCACAAUUGAAUAUUGAAGGGGUGCAGAUGAGACCCAGUGCUUUGAUAGUGAAAGCUUUUGAUGGGUCUAAGCGAAUAGUUAUUGGGGAGAUUGACCUCCCAAUCCUGAUUGGCCCUCAAACUUUCCGUAUUACCUUCCAGGUAAUGGAUAUUAGGCCUGCCUAUAGCUGUCUAUUAGGCAGACCUUGAAUCCAUGUUGCUGGAGCUGUCACCUCGACACUUCACCAGAAGCUGAAGUUUGUUACUUCUGGUAAGCUGGUAUUAGUAUCCGGAGAGGAAGAUAUUUUCGUCAGCCAUUUGACUUCUUUCAGAUACAUUGAAGUAGGUGAAGACAUUGUUGAAACUCCUCUCCAAGCCCUUGAAGUGGUCAAUAUGGUCCAGACUAAGCCGAAACUUGUUGAAGAACCCAAGAGGGUCAUGUCCUCGUGGAAGAGUGUGAAAGCUACAAUUGAAGCUGGUUGCCCUGGAAGUUGGGGCACAUUGAUUGAAUUACCAGUCAAGAAAGACAAGUGCGGAUUAGGAUAUCAGCCGUCUAUUGAACUUUUCAAAGAUCAGAAGAUACAUCAGGGCAAGGUUCCUAGCAUCCAGGAAAUAUUCUCCAAAGCUGGUUUCCGAAGUGAUGAUCAAGUGAAUGCUCUUGAAGAUGAAGAUCCAGAUUUGUCCAAGAUGGUGUUUCGUGGACCUCCGAAUGCCUCUCUCACUAACUGGAAGGCAACAGAUGUUCCGGAUAUAGUUUCUUUUUCAAAGUAAUUUACUGUUUUCUAAAAACAUCCAAUGCCACGCCCAAGGCGUAUGGAUAGCUUUGUAGGGCCCAUUUUGUGUUAAUAUUUAAGCCUUAUCAUCAAUACAAAGCACAUUUUUUGA